AUGGUGGCGACAAGCGUGAUCUUUGUUUUGGUAGUCUUGGUGGGUGCGGCCCGCGGAUUAGAGCUGUAUUAUUUCAACGAGAAGGGAAGAGCGGAGCCAAUCAGGCUGAUGCUCCACUACGCUGGGACCAACUUCACGGACUUUCGAUUCUCGCGAGCUGAUUGGAACACCUCGAAGGAUUCGAUGCGUAUGUGAAGUAAUGAUAUCUGUCCGUCGGACAAUUUCUUGGACCAGUCCUAACGAUCAACCCGACCUAGAACGGUCAGAUUUCAAGCAUUGCAGUCACCGCAAAAAAAUUUCAAAAUACUUUUCAGUGUUCCACACAAUCCCGGCUCUGGUGCAAGACUCGGAUCUUUUGGAAAACAGCGAGGCGAUUACUCGGUAUGUGGCUCAAACCGCUGGUCUUCUGACAGCGUCGUACAUUGAAGACGCUCAAUUGGAUUCGUUGUUCGAACAAUCGGGAAUUGUUUUGAGGAACUUGCUAGAAUACAUCAGCAUUGUUGAGGGAAGAAAGCCAGGAAAUGCGGUGAGUUCAAAGAGGAAAAAGUUUGACCAGGGAAAGACUUGUCCCAUCUAAAGCAAGACUUGACCCGAUCAGGAAAAAAACUUGACUCGUUUGAAAAACGCCUGAACUUGUCAGAGAAGACUUGAUUCAGACAAAAAAUCUUCCGACCAAGAGGGGGAACGGCUUGACUCAGCCAAGGAAAGACUUGUCCCAUCUAAAGAAAGACUUGACCCAGUCAGGAAAAAAACUAGUCGAAUUUGAACAAAAGCCUGGUUCUGGUCUUGAUUUAGACAGGAAAUUUCUGAUCAAGAUAGGGGAAAGCUUGACUCAGCCAGGGAAAAAACUUGUCCCUUCUAAAGGAAGGCUUGACCCAGCCAGGAGAAAACAUGUGCCAUCUACCACUUAGCCAUCUUACACAAAAUAUUUAUUUCAGACAAAUGCCCGAUAUCGACUGGUCGAAUACCCCUGCCAACUCUACUAUCCACUCAUCGAGCAACACAUCUUCAAUGACACUGGAUUCUUCGGCCGGUAUGGCAUUACAUACUUUGAUUUUGUCUGGUUCAAUCUCUCAGACCUCAUCAAUUCGUAUGCUUUUGACGUCCUCGCGAAGUACCCUGUAUCGAGCAAUCAUUGGUGGAAUGUCAUGGGCUACAACAACUCCAACCUUCAGAACUAUUUUCAAACCCGGGGCGACGAUUUUCUGAGAAACGAGACAUUCACGAUUUACAAUUAUUUCAAUGCCACUCAAUAA